AUGUCAUACGAAUUCAGUGAUGCCAUCGGAGCCUACUUUGAAGAAACCAGCCCAAACUUGUGGUCAUACUCUGAUUUUCUCGAGAAGGUGGUGAAGCCCAUCAGCCAUACUUUAUACGACCGUGACCUUAUUAAAGCCAACAGGGUUUGGAAGAAAAGGUUUAUUAGUACUGUCAAGGACAUUGCAAAUAAAGAAGUUCCAGUUGUUCCACAACGCGCGGCAGCCAAAAUAUUAAAACCAGCCGAUAGCUGUUACAAUAAUGAUCAGGUCACCUAUUUUUGGAAGGAAAUGUUCGAAAAUAACAAGCUCCAAGAAGAACGCGUUGCACUAAAACGUAAAGCAUAUAGGACUGCCUUGAAACUAGUGUCUACUUCACUAGAUUCUGAAAGAGAAAAAGUCUUAGAUCUUUACAGUAAACCUCCUCCUUCAAAAAGGAUGCAUUCUACUGAGUGCUUAUCUUUCCAAACCUACAAAUCUGACAGCAACAAGAAACGUGAAGAUUAUGCUUCACAAAAUGACAAUGGUAAAGAUUUACAACUGACAAUGGAUGAUUAUUUGGUUGCUGUCAUUCCACCUUCUCAAGUAGAAUGUUUCUAUAAUCAAGACAAUGGACCUAAUACUAAUACUAAGCCUUUUGCUCCAUUCAUAUCAGACAAUGAAGAUGAUAGCAAGGAUUUAUCUGCAGAAAUUGACUAUGAUGAAGACAGUGAAGAUGAUUUAAUAUUAAUUGAUGAGCAUAUAAAAGACCCUGAAACAACCUCUUUUGAUGAAUAUGUAAAUGCUCAUAAAGGAUCUGGUUGGACCUUGGAGGAUGGUCGCCAAGUCAUUGACAUAAUCAGACAAAAUACUACUAGAUUGGCAGAAUCAGUCUCUAAAAAAAGCAGGAAGGAGCAAACACCAUUUAUAAUGAGUGUUGUUCGUUUAGGGUUCUCUUCAAUUGUGGAUUUGUCCUCAGAAUAUCAAGGAGGAAUGUUUUCAUGGUUUGGGGAUGAAUGGAGUAGGUUAAAGAAAAACGUAUAUGAUAAAGUCAAUAUGAUCCCUAAUACUUUUGAUGGAGAAAUCAAGACUAUCAUUGAUACUGUUGAAGAGAUGUGUGGAUCAUAUCACUAUGUUGAUGCACGAGACUAUUUGUUCAAGAUAAGAUCUAAGAAGAAACCCCAGAUGGUUCAACAAAUUGCAACUACCUAUUACCAUGUGAUUGACAAAUUCCUUGACAAUCCACACAUUUUCGUGGAAGAAACUGGAAAGGAAAUGGAUCUAAGUGAAAUGGAGUAUGCGAUAAAUAUGACAGCCCCGAUCCUUAAUGAUGUCUUCAAUGAUGUCUUGGAUAUCUUGAAGCUUCAUUGGGGAGAAACUUUAUCUGUUGAAAGACGGCGAAAGAUUGACAUAAGGAUAGUUCACAAAUACAAAGAUAUUGAACUAAGUCAUUGCGAGUGCACCAAGGCGCCCACACCUGUCAGGGCAAUUCGUGACCGCUCAAAAUGUCUGAGAACUGCGAAAACCAUACUUGAUAGAUUUCUUGAAGAAGAUCUAUCGGACGAGACAGUAAAAGAUUCAACCAUCUUGGGUAUACAGUUUGCUGGCCUGCAUGGUCAGAUAAUCGGCAUUGACCUUCUAGACGAUGGUCUCUACUUUGGCCUUGAGGGAUCUCAUUUCAGCUUUCCUGCACAACUGUCGAAUAUUAAGUGUCUCCGAAAUGCACUUGAAGCACUAUUCUUCUUCAAAGAAAAUAUUGUUCGAAAAGCAAACCUCUUUCCGGAUCCAAAAAAAUACAAUCAUGCCUACAACAAGAUAUUUCACAACGGUGUGGAAUCUAAAGUCAAAGCAAAGCAUUUUAAAACAAAGUUUAUUAGGAAAACUUAUUUCACUCCUAAGGGUAAACGUCAAGCUUUUAUUUGA